GCAGCGAUUAUUGCAAGACGACUGAAUACAGUUGCAAAAGAAUUGGAUAUACCCGGUGCUGAAGCAGCGAGAACUCGUAUCGAAAAAUAUUGCGAGGUGUUGGAGAAAGAAUUAUUAGAUCAAUUUGAUAGAGCAUACAGAAAAGGCGACGCAAAAACAAUGCAGCAUUGUGCUAAAACUUUACAUGAAUUUAAUGGUGGUGGUUCGUGCAUCGCACUUUACGUCAACCAACAUUCGUUUUUCAUACAAAAAGUUAAUCUCACCGAAACGCACGAGUUUUUUGACAAUAAAAGUUGGAACGAUCUUGCAAACCCGGAAAUUGCUCCUCCACCAUUAGACAAAGGUCUAGCAAAUCUCUACCAGGAAAUCCGAGAAACUGUCAAACAAGAAGCAGAAAUUAUCAAUGCUGUAUUUCCUAAUCCUAUGGGUGUUAUGCAAGUUUUCUUGCAGCGAAUAUUUGCUCAAUUAAUACAAAGCUGUCUGGAACAUCUUCUUAAAGAGAGCGAAUCAUUAUCAACUCUUGCAUAUUUGCGGACACUUGCAACUAUACAUAUAGCGACUCUAAAUCUUGUAGAAGACCUGAAAGGAUUAGAUAUGCAUAAUAAAAAGUCAGAAGAGACUCGUGGCAGAAUGGAAGGUAGUCAAAGUAAGGCUGAUACUCUUGUGGACGUAUUGAAUCAAUGCAUGAUGGAUCUGUUUGUGCCAUAUACGGAAGGCGAUCGAUAUCUCGAAAAGGAGAAAAAGUCACUUGUUGAAUUAUAUUCUUCAUUAUUAUUGCAGUUUAAUGCUUACCAUGUAG